AUGUCGGAAUCAUCUGAGUAUAAAUUAGCGCAAAGCAUCAUUUGGAGCGAUCAAAAAUAUUUACUGAAAGAAUUCGUGAAGAGUUUCAAACUCCCUCAAGUAGUCUUGGUAAAGGACGGCUACUUUGGCCAUGAUGAAAGAACGACAUUUGGAAGAGAUCAAAUUUUGACAUUACAUCAACUUCGGGAAACCAAUAAAAUCGUUUGUCAAACAGCGAAAAGAAAUGUUAUACUUUUGCCGUCAAAAUGUGAAGUCAAAGCACAAGUGUUGCCGAUGAAUUUAAACGAUGUAAACAUAUCUGCAAAGCAGUUAAUUGAAACAUAUAAAAAGAUAAAAUAUGUGCGAGUAAUGGAAGUUGGUGCAAAUUGUAGCGAUGAUCCGAAGGAUUCAUUGGAAGCAAACGAUGCUCUCGAAAUAAAGAAAAUUGAAUCAAAUUCAGUUGGAUUCCUAUGUAAAAAUUUAUCAACCAAUCACGAGUCGUUUAUACCAUCACACCACUUAGCUAAGUUCCUCCCUUUACUAGACCCAAACAUCUACACUUUAGCCGAAAUUAAAGCAAAGUAUGGUUUCCCAGCUAAGAUAUGGUUACCAGACAGGGACAAUAACAAUAUAAUCUUUUCCUCACCUGAUGCAAGCCAUUCCACAAGAAAUUUAUGUAGUUUGGGUCAACUGACAGUUGUUGAAGAAAUCCAAGAAACCGAUGCAAUUGUGACAACAGUUUGUUCGAGCCUAGAAGAGAAGAUUUGCCUGAACGUUCCUACCAAACUCGAAAUCAAUGUUACUGUUGCUGAAGGAUUUCUAAAAGGCAGCAAGAACUACGCAACGGUUGUCAAAACUUUAGACAAAGAGCUAAACAAAACUGAUCUCAAAGCAUUUGAAGACCUGGACGUGUAUCAACACGUGCAUGCUGUCAAGAAACAGAUACAAGACUGGGACGAAACGUAUUCCAUUGGGGAAGCAUCAUCGGAAGUUGCCGAACAUGCCCGUCAGCAAUUGAAACAACACGAGAAAACAAAAAAAUUCUCAAGGAUAGACGAAGCUCCUAAAGUUCAACCUCGACUUUCAUUACGUUUGGACAACAUUUUGACUCCACCAAUUGUUCCACAAAGACCAAGACCAAAGAAAUCAAAAAAGUUGAGUGACUUAAAACAAGAUACGACAGGAUUUGAUAACACAGCAAAUGAAAUACGGCCAAAUAUUCUGGAUGAAGAAAAAUGGUAUACUUCUUUAGAUCCUGUCCAUUAUUCAACAAUCCAUAAUGUUUAUGAACCUCUCCAGUCAAAACGUGGAUCUUUCAUAAACAUGAAAGGACAGAAAUCAAUAUCUGAAGAUGAAUCUAACUUAAACGAGAGACAUUACGCAGUUAUAGGAAAAUAUUCCACUGAAGAUGAAAAUUCAUACAAGCAUAUUGAAUCCAAAAGACUUAAGCCUGAGACUCCACCGAAAGUACCAAAGAAACCAAAGAAAUUGAUGAACAAGCAAAAAACAACGGACACGGAUGGAACACAAAAGUCAUCAAAACCAGAAAAAAUAGAUAGUUUGCGCAGAGUAAAAAGCUGCACAGCCGCUAUCCAAAAUAUCCCUUUACCACCUGUACCAUUACGUUUGCCCAAGUUAUCCACAAACAUCCUAUCAAAUUCCCCGAAGGAAGAUGAAAAAGAAGUUGUGUAUGAGACGGCGUUAUCCCCAACUAUCCAAGAAGUUUCCCCCAACGAAGAUGGGAAAGAAGUUGUGUAUGAGACCGCGUUAUCCCCAACUAUCCCAGUAGUUUCUCACAACGAAGAUGGAAAAGAAGUUGUGUAUGAGACCGCGUUAUCGCCAAACAUCCCCCUAACUUUUCCAAAGGAAGAUGACAAAGAAAUUGCAUACGAGUAUAUGUUAUCCACAAAUAUCCCACUAACUUCAACGAACGAAGACAACAAUGAAAGUGUCUACGAAGACACAUUAUCUACACUUUCAAACAUUCCAAAAAGUGUUCCUGACGAAGAUGACAGAGAAGCAAUAUACGAGGCGAUAUCACGAUAUCCUCAAGAUUUGUCCUGUUUAAGUGUAGCAGAGGUUAGUCGAUUACUGAAAUACUUAGAAAUGAAAGGUAACGUUGAAAGGUUUGAAAAAGAGAUGAUUGAUGGAUCAAUGUUGAUAACCAUGGAUAAGGAGUCUCUGCAAUCCUUAGAAGUAGAUACCUUUCACUGUAACAAGUUGCUGCGUUUUAUUGGAGGUUGGCGUCCUAAACUUGGACCAAACAUGUUGGAAGCACCGGAUGAUCAACUAACAGAAAAACUCAUUUGGACGGACAAGGACUACAAUCUACAACAAUUUGUGGAAACGUUUCAACUUCCUCAAAUCGUUUCUGUGAAGAAGGGCUACUGUGGCUUUGAUCAAAGAACGACGCUUGGUAGAGACCAAAUUUUAACGUUGCAUCAACUUCGAACAACAUUUCAAACCGUUUGCCGAGUUGAAAAUAGAAGUAUAGUAAUGUUACCAUCAAGUUGUGAAAUUAAAGCCGAAGUUUUGCCGUUGGAAUGUAGAGACACGAUAGUUACAGCCAAACAAUUGACUGAAACACAUCGAACGAUUAAAUAUGUAAGGGUCUUAGAACACAGACCAAAAUGGAGCUUCGGUGAUCACGACAUCACAUUCAAAGAAAAUGACAUCAUCGAAAUACAAACAAUAUAUGACGACGGAAUCCACUGCAAGAAUCUCUCGACUGAUCUUAAUAUCAUUCUACCAUCUAACUGUUUGGCAAUUUUUGUUCCUUUGCUAGACCCAAAUCCCUACACUUUGGCCAACAUCAAGGCAAAAUACGGUUUCCCGUCUAAGAUCAGAUUUAUAGAUAAAACUGACGAGGAACAUGACAUAAAAUUUGUUUAUGGCUCAAGACAAUUCUCAACAAAUCUGAACAGAUUAGGUGAGAUAAUCACAAUUGGAGAAAUCCAGGAAAACGAUGUUAUCGCUACGACAGUUUGUUCUAAUUUGGAAAAGGUUUGCAUAAGCGUUCCAAUUCAACUGGACAUCGAAGUUUCGGUUGCGUGUGGAUUUCUCCAUGGAGAUAUGACGUACGCCACAGUAGUUAACAGUCUGGGAGGACAAAUCAAUGAAAGUGAUCUUAAAAACUUCAAGGAUCUGGAUGUUUAUCAACACAUGGAAAACCACGUUAAAAAGUCGAUAAAGUACUGGGAUAAAACGAUUUUCAUCAAGAGAGCUUCAUCGGAAAUCGCCAAACUAGCUCUAGAACGUUUGCGAAAGACGUUAUGGACAACGGAUGAUUCAACAACAGAGAUACAACAAGAACAGACAGGAAACACGAAUGAUAAGGAUAUAUCAAAAACGUGGCGAAAGAGAGUGUGGAAAAAAUUAAAAAAAACAUUAAGAAAAGAUUAUGAACACAAUAACUUCCCAAUUCAAAAUGGACGUAAAAAUUCGACAAAUACAUAUCAAUCGAGGAGAUCAGUAACGCAAGAAGGUCAAACCGAGAACUUGGAUGAAAUAUAUACGACAAUAGACGAAAUCUAUGAAGAGGUGCUUUCAAAUCAGGAAGAAACUUAUACUUCCUUGGAUCCUAAUUAUCGUCCAAUAGCCCAGCAUCCUUAUGAGCCUCUACUAGUUAAGGCGAUCAGUUCACAUAAUAUCGAAAAUUUUCAAUUGAAGGAUAUUUCAGCAGUACCCCCGUUAUCCACAAACAUCCCUCCGAGCGCCCCAAAAAGAAAUGAAAAUGAAGUUCCCUUCGAGACUUUUUUCUCUAUUCCACCUUUUUCUCCAAACGAAAAUGAUAGAGAAGCAAUAUACGAGGCGAUAUCACGAUAUCCUCGAGAUCUGUCCAGUUUAAGUGUAGCAGACGUCAGUCGGUUACUGAAAUACUUAGGAAUGAAAGAUUACGUUGAAACAUUUGAAAAAGAGAUGAUCGAUGGAUCAAUGUUGAUAACUGUGGAUAUGCAGUCUUUGGAGUCUCUUAACGUAAAAAGUUUUCACUGUAACAAGUUGUUGCGUUUUAUUGAUGGCUGGCGUCCUAAUAUUGGUAGCUAAAUAAGCAAGUUCUUUGAAGUAGACGCAGUUAUCAGAGUUAUAGCAGGAAGAUGUCCGUGGUCUGACGCAGUUAUCUGAGUGAUAGCAGGAAGAUGUCCGUGCUCUGACGCAGUUAUCUGAGUGGUAGCAGGAAAAUGUCCGUGCUCUGACGCAGUUAUCUGAGUGAUAGCAGGAAGAUGUCCGUGGUCUGAUUGUGUAUAAACAAUGAGCUUUAGUUUUUUUAUUAAAGUCGAGAGAAAAUUACCAUUGAUUUUGUUUUUUAGUACAAGACCUUCACGUGAGGAUAAAAUUGAGGAUAAAAUGCUCUUGAGGAUAAAAUUGAAAAUUUUGAUUUGUUUCUUAAUGCAUUUAACUUUAAUGAAACGUGUUCACAUAUUGGAAUUUCAAGAUAAAUAAACGGCGCUUAAAUAAUA